AUGGCGCCAAAAAGUACAGGAAAAAAUAUUGAGGCUGAAACUGUAUUGCAAGCAGUAGUUCUUGCAGACAGCUUUAAUGAACGGUUUCAACCUAUAACUUUUGAUAUGCCGCGAUCGCUGGUGUACAAGAAGUAUAUCUAUUUUAUAGAGAGCAUUCAUGAAAAAGUCAAAAAUUAUGUAAAGACGUCAAAAUGGAAUCGAUCAUAUUCUCCAUUUAAAAUAAUUACAAUUGUAACGCCUGAAGCACGUUCUGUUG